GACACACAUACACACACACAGAGGGGGUUGUAAAGCAAGAAAAAAGUGAACAAAACAGAAGCGAAGAAAGCUAGAGUAGCUAGUCACAGUAUCUAGAAGAAAAGAGUAAGAGAGUGUUAAGGUUGGGCCUGAGACAAUUUUCUUCCAUAGGACACUUGAGCAGAGUCGUUUGAAGGACACCAGAGUCACACUGAGGUCCACAGCUACCUUCUCCACAGGGAGUUCCUGAGUGAAGCCUGGACCAGAUUACUUUCUCUAUUUCACUACACCUGCAAAUCGUCAAGCUACUUUAAGAAAAGGUUGGCUUACCUAUAAAGUUUAAACCGAUCGUUCACGUUCAUUCCUUUGGCACGCCGCUCUUUCAGCGUCUGCAAUGGCAGAGGCGCACCAGGCGGUGGGCUUCCAGUUCACCGUCACACCGGACGGUAUCAACUUUCAUCUAAGCCGUGAGGUGCUCAAACAUAUAUACCUAUCCGGAGUAACAUCAUGGAGAAAACGCGCCAUUCAAUUUAAAAAUGGCAUCCUAACAGGAGUCUAUCCCGCUAGUCCCUCCAGCUGGUUGUUUGUGGUUAUUGCGAUAAUGAGCUCCAUUUAUGCAAGGCUAGACCCGUCCCUGGGUAUGAUUGACAGCAUCAGGAAAAUGUUACCUGUGAGCGAUUACCUCACUUCUCAGUCUCAGACGGUGCUGAGUGCUAUCCUGUUUGCCACAGGCCUGUGGUGGUCCCUGAUUCUGCUGCUGCGCUUCACUCUUAAAGUUCUGCUCUCCUACCAUGGCUGGAUCUUCGAGCCCCAUGGCAAAAUGAGCUCCUCCACCAGGCUCUGGAUGAGUCUGGUGAAGAUGUUUUCAGGUCGUCGGCCUUUGCUCUACAGUUUCCAGGCCUCUUUACCUAGAUUGCCUGUGCCAAGCAUUGAUGACACCAUCUGCAGGUAUCUUGAGUCAGUGCGCCCCCUACUGGAUUAUGACCAAUAUAAAAAUAUGGAAAUUGUAGCCAAUGAGUUCAAAAAGGACCAAGCCCCCAGGUUGCAAAAAUAUCUUUGGCUGAAAUCCUGGUGGGCCAGUAACUAUGUGAGUGACUGGUGGGAGGAGUACAUCUACCUGAGGGGGCGGAGCCCCAUCAUGGUCAACAGCAACUUCUACACUAUGGAUCUGCUGUACAUGAUCCCCACCCACAGACAGGCAGCACGGGCAGGUAACGUUGUCCACGCCCUCCUGCAGUACCGUCGUAAGCUAGAGCGAGGAGAACACAUCCCGAUGAGAGCUCUGGGGGUUGUGCCCAUGUGCUCUUCUCAGUAUGAGAGAAUGUUCAACACCGCACGAAUUCCUGGCAUUGAAACAGACUGUGUCCAGCACAUGAGGAAUAGGAAGCACUUGGUUGUGUACCACCGAGGGCGUUUCUUCAAGCUGUGGCUGUACUACGGGGGACGGCACCUCUUGCCUUCAGAGCUGGAGCAGCAGUUCCAGUGCAUUCUCAGCGAUACCUCAGAGCCCCAACCUGGAGAACUCAAACUAGCCUCGCUCACAGCUGGAAACAGAGUUCCCUGGGCUAAAGCACGGCAAAAGUACUUCAGUGAGGGAGUGAACAAGACAUCUCUAGAUGCCAUAGAAACAGCUGCCUUUUUCCUCACCCUGGAUGAUGAGGCUCAUGGAUAUGACCCUGACAGGGCAGAGUCUAUGGACCUCUAUGCCAAGUCUCUUCUGCACGGAAAGUGUUUCGACAGGUGGUUUGAUAAAUCCUUCACUCUGGUUGUCUACAAGAACGGUAAAAUAGGGGUGAAUGCUGAGCAUUCUUGGGCUGAUGCCCCCAUCAUUGGACAUAUGUGGGAGGACAUUUUAGCUACAGAUUACUUCCGCUUGGGUUACACUGAGGAGGGACAUUGUAAAGGUGACAUCAACAAAGGCCUGGCUCCGCCCAGCAGGCUGCAGUGGGACAUUCCAAAAGCGUGCCAGGAGGUUAUCGAGCAUUCCUACCUGAUAGCAAAAGAUCUGGCUGAUGAUGUGGACUUCCAUGGCUGUGUGUUUGAGGAAUUUGGGAAAGGGCUGAUCAAGAAGUGCAGAACAAGCCCUGAUGCUUUUAUUCAGUUAGCACUACAGCUUGCUCACUACAGGGACAAAGGUGAGUUUUGCCUGACAUAUGAAGCCUCAAUGACCCGCAUGUUCCGGGAGGGGCGGACAGAGACAGUACGCUCCUGCACCAUUGAGUCUACAGCCUUCGUCCAAGCCAUGGAGGACACGGCCUACACGAGCGAGCAGCGGCUGGCACUAUUCCGGAAGGCAGCGGAGAAACACCAGAACAUGUACCGUCUGGCCAUGACUGGCGCUGGCAUCGACCGCCAUCUCUUCUGCCUCUACAUUGUCUCUAAACUCCUGGACAUAGAAUCCCCCUUCCUCAAUCAAGUUCUUUCGGAGCCCUGGCGUCUCUCCACCAGUCAGACCCCACAGCAGCAGCUCAACCUGGUUGACAUUCAGAAAUUCCCCAAAUAUGUGGGAGCAGGAGGAGGCUUUGGCCCGGUUGCAGAUGAUGGCUAUGGUGUUUCUUAUAUUAUUGUUGGGGAGAAUCUCAUCACAUUCCACGUCUCCAGCAAGUAUUCGUGCCUGGAAAACGGACUCCCAUCGCUUUGGCCAGAACAUCAGGCAGGCCAUGCUGGACAUUAGAGAACUGUUCAGCCUGAAGGAGAAGGCCCUGUAACUCACACUGGCUAAGUAACUUACCCUGUAACCCUGUAACUGACACUGGCAUCACAAGACACUCACUCACAGACACAGAUGCUCCAGAAUGUUCCAUUCCCAUAUCAUAACUGAGCAUGAAAAAGAGAAUCUGUCUAAACAAACUGCACAGUUGUUAUAGACAUUUUAAAAAUAAUCUAUUUAAACUAUUUAAAAAAAAAAAUUCUGUUCAUUCAAGCAAAUAAGAUAGAUUAUUUUGAUGAAAAUAUCAAAGGCAGUACGCUUUCAUCCAAUUAGAUGCCUUUUUCUGUAAAUAAUAUAAUAUACUGGUAUAGUAGCAUUUGUACACUAGAAUUGUACUAAAUAUCAGUUAUAUAAGCAUGACUAUUUAAUGUCUGCAAAUUGGACAGGUGUCAAGAUAGUGUAUUGAAACUUAUUCCAUUAAAUUAUUUAUCUAUUUA